AUGUCAGACGCUCAGUCUUUACCCCGCGCGUCCAAGGAAGAGCACCGGCAUUUGCUAUCCGUGUUCUCGCCCGAACGCUCGCGGCAGUAUAAGCAGCUCGAACGCGACGCCGAACGCAUCCAGAAGGCUCUCUUCGAUCUGCGCCUGCAACAUAACGCAUCGCUACCAAUACAUCGCCUUCCACGCGAGAUUUUGUCAAGCAUCAUGGUUGAAGCGCAAAAAGUGGGCAAGCUCUCCGAUUGGGGAUGGUCAGAGUGGGCUCCGGCCUUGGCCCAGGUCUGUGCGCUUUGGCGACGAACUGCGCUAGACACUCCGAAACUGUGGACCAAGCUGAAGACAUGCUCCUCUAAGCUGGCAUACGCGCUGAGCGAGCGCUUCCCGAAUCCUCAUCUACGUAUCGUUCAUCAUUCUUGGAACCUUGAUCCGUACCGUGUGGGAGAAGAGGAAGCUCUCCGAGCGCUCGUUUUCCGACACUCUUCUCGCAUCUCCGGCCUCCUCAUUGAAGCAUCGCAAACCCUUAUUCUCGACGUCCUGCAGCAGUUCCACGCAUAUGCACCAAUUCUUGAGACGCUGGACAUCUGA